CGCACACACAUUGUACAUGAUAUGCACGUCCACAUUCGGUGUCCAACGACGUUCGUGCACAUCAACGCAUACGGCUCUCGUUAUUUUCUGCGCGCGAAUAACUACGUAUAAUAUUACAAUAACGUCUAAUUGUUGUUGUUUUUAUUAUUGCUAUUAUUUUCAUCGUCAUUGUCGACGUGUGCAGCUGUGCCUCGCCGACGAACUGCAAAACUUGAGCCACGCCGACUCGGGACAAAAAAUGGAGGCACUGUUGGAAGAGAGGAUACAACUACUGCAGGAACGCAUGAAAGCGAUUACUGCGCAGCGAGAACAAAUCGAAGAAGCAAACCGCGGGCUCGAAGAAGAGCUCAACAAACUCAGUAAGAAUUUCGUGAAAAUUACAAACAAUGUAAAAGUUACGGAUGAAACAGAAGAAGAAAAAACGAAUUAAUCAGUUCCUUGAUGUAUUCAAUUAUAUUAAUUGGACUAUAACAAUAAUUAUUUAAAACUACUUUGAA